CACACGAGUACGCGUAUUUUUCAUUUAUUUAUUAAAGACCUGUGUGAGCGCCAUUUACUUUGACUACCUACCCACGAGCAAAUCUCAAGAUUCGCGACUCACUCUUGACAAUUAUUAAAUGACAAGAAAUACAAAUUAAAGCAGGCCGAAAGAACCAAGGUAAAGAGGUACCUACCUAGGCGCUGGGACCAGGACAUUCAAAGUUUCUUAGACAACAAUAUUUAGCAUCAAGCGCAGAAAACGACCCAGUAUGGCCGACGAAAAAAAGUCUAGACACUCUUGGAAUCCUUUCUCCAGCCACGGGCGUACAAGUCCUCAACCACCACGACCUCCGUCACAAGGCGAGCCAUCAUCACAAGGAUCCGCCGCACCAGUGCCGUCAUCGCCCGACCCCAUCAAGGGACCAUGGCAGCCCGAGCAGCAUCACCUACAGCCACCGCCAUCGUUCCAGGAGUCACAGGCGCAUGCGGAAACACUCACAUCACCGGCGGCCGCGGCAGCGUCUUCAUCCUCGGCGCCGGUUUUCCGCUCACAGUUCGCCUGCGUCACCCUGAACAUGUUUGACCGCAUCCGGCUCAUCAACUUUCCGCUGGACGAGGUCAACGCGGUGCGCCAAGUGGUGACCCGCGUCUGGCCAGAGGGCAUCAAGGACGUGCGCCCGUACGGCGGCGCGACCGAGAUCAAGUGCCGGGGGUGGCCCUUCUCGUCGGGCCAGUUCAAUGGAGAUGACAACUCGCGGCGCAUGAUAUUGCGCAUCAUCAAUGUGCUGUUCGACAUGGGGUGGGUUCUGCAGACGACGUUGGAUAUGAGCAACAAGGAAUAUGACAAAGAUGCUUUGUUCUUCAGAAGGCAAUCACCGCCACCUCCACCCUGCGACUGGAUAAUCAUGUCGUUCGACACGUACAGCAAAACCAAGGUCAUCGGCGACCUGCCGCCGGAGCUCGCCUCGGGACUUGUGCAGGUCUUUCAAGCCACGGGCACGCUCAAGCGUCACGAGUUCGCCGGCGACAGGCUCAAGAUACACCUUCACGGCUACCCGUGGGCCCCAGACGGUCAGGCCACCGUCACGACGCGCAUGAUGAUCAUCAGGGUACUCGAGUGCAUGGAGGCGUUUGGUUUCAGCGUCUACACCAGCAUGGACAUGACGUGUGGACAGGAGGGGAGGGAGACGGACGUCAUGAUCUGCUGUCGGCAGAAGGGGUGGGUCCAGGGGCAGCCGGUCUGGCAUCGGUAA